AAGGCUGUGCAGCCACACAGGUCGCCCUUGUGCAAUUUGAAUUGCCUUGCAUGCUACGGAGUCCGACAGUCUGCAGAUGCAAGAGAUGCAGACAUCAUCUGUUCCGCACUUGCGGGUGGGGUGCAGGUCCGAGAUUCAACAUCGCUUCAUCAUGCAAGCAAUCCAGGAAUGAGACGAUCCUGUGCAUUCCUUGCCCUACAUCUUCGAUCGUCCUUCUAGAAGUUGCCCCCUUUCUGGUCGUGCUCGAGUGCACUUUGCGGAUUCAGAAUUCACGCCUGAGCAUCCGCCAGGAGCGAGCUCACGUCCGAUCUUGGAGCUUACAGACACCGGGAAGCCAUUUACUACAACCUCGUCUUUCAAACCAAAGAUGGCGCCCUUACCUCAUAACCCUCUUGGUGUCGCAGUUCUUGCUGUCGCAUCCGUUGGCGUCACCCUCUCAGCGUUUUGCAUCUCCCUCCGACUAUGGGCACGGCGCCUGUUGAAAAAGAGGUGGGCAACGAGCGAUUACCUGCUCAUGGCAGCGUGGGUUUUUGCUCUGGCAGAUUUUGUUCGCAGAAUAAUCGGCUUCCAGUGGGGCCUUGGUCUCCAUAUGGAGCAGAUACUGGCCACGCAAGGAACGACCCACGUAUUCGACAUCUUCAAACUCAACUACUCGAGCUACUUCAUUUGGGUGGCUUGCGCGACCUUGACCAAAUUCUCCAUCCUGCUCAUCUACCUUGAGCUAUUCUACUGCAUAACCUGGUUCGUCUGGGCCGUCCGAGUCAUGAUGGCCAUCGUCGUCGUUUUCUUCUUCGUCACAAUUGUCGGAAUGGUCAUGAUAUGCAAGCCAUUUGAAGCGAAUUGGAACCUUUGGUACCAGGGCGCAAAAUGCAGCAUGACACAAGGCGAUCAGUUCGUCUUCAGUGCCGCUUUCAACAUCGCUCUCGAUAUCAUCCUGGUCUUGCUACCUAUACCAGUGGUUUGGACGUUGAAUAUUUCAAAAUGGAAACGCGUAGCGGUGUGCGCCAUGUUCGGAUUGGGUUUCUUCAUUAUCGGCGUUGUAGGAUACCGCUUCAAGUUGAUCCCAGACCGCAACCUCUACGACAUCACGCACGACGGCGAAGUUCCUGGUAUCCUGAGCCAGGUUGAACUCUAUCUGGGCAUGGUCUCGGCUUGCUUGCCAUUCCUGUCCCCGGCACUUUCCAAGAUGCGGACAACGGUCGUCGAAUCCAAAGCUUUCAGCUAUAUCCUAUCUCAGACUGGAACGAGCAGGAGCAGUCUCAAGGAUUACUCUUAUGGCACAAAACUCAGCGAAACGUCUGGAGAAAGACGCAGGAAUGAUAAUAGCCACGAGAAGCUUCCGCAUCACUACGCGGAAUCCAAAAGGAGCGAUGAGGAGGAAAUGGUGGGAGGGUUUGAUGAGAAUGGCGCUUGGAGCAACGAGAUUGUCGAUGUGCCGAUUAGUACGAUAGUGGUAGGGAAGAAGUAGCAGAACGGGCUAAGGAAUAGAGGGACCUGUACAGUUUCAAUUAGAUGAAACCAUCACCAUUCAAUUACC